CGGGCCGCCUGGGGCCGCGGGCAGUGCGGGAAUUUCGGACCGGGAGGAAGGAGCGGCGCGCCGCCCGCUCGCACAGGAGGAAAAAUGCCAAAUAAGAAAACAGCUGCAAAAAGAGCCCCUGCAAAAAGGAAACUUGCUGAAAUGUUUGGUCUGGGGGAGGUUCUAGCAGAUACAUCAAGAAAAGAAUGGAAAUUAGGUGGCCCUGUAGGGCAGGGAGGCUUUGGACGCCUAUAUCUUGCUGACGUUAAUUCUUCAAAGUCGGUUGGCAGUGAUGCCCCUUAUGUUGCAAAAGUGGAACCCAGCCAGAAUGGACCUCUUUUUACUGAGUUAAAGUUCUACAUGCGAGCUGCUAAGCCAGAUGAAAUUCAGAAGUGGACUAAGUCCCAUAAACUGAAAUAUUUAGGUGUACCAAGAUAUUGGGGUUCUGGCUUGCAUGAAAGAAAUGGAAACAGCUAUCGAUUUUUGAUAAUGGACCGAUUUGGCAGAGAUCUUCAGAAGAUGUAUGAAGAGAAUGCAAAGAAAUUUUCCCAUAAAACUGUACUACAAUUAGGCCUGAGAAUACUUGAUAUUCUGGAGUAUGUCCAUGAGCAUGAAUAUGUGCAUGGAGACAUCAAGGCCGCAAACCUCCUUCUGAGUUACAAGAACUCUAAUCAGGUGUACUUGGUGGAUUAUGGACUUGCCUACCGUUACUGUCCUGAAGGAGUUCACAAAGUAUAUAAAGAAGAUCCUAAAAGGUGCCAUGAUGGAACUAUUGAAUAUACCAGUAUUGAUGCACACAAGGGUGUGGCACCAUCGAGACGUGGUGAUCUGGAGAUCCUGGGUUACUGUAUGAUUCAUUGGCUUAGUGGCCAUCUACCAUGGGAAGAUAAUUUGAAAGAUCCAAAUUUUGUCAGAGACUCAAAAAUCAGAUGUAGAGAUAAUAUUUCCAUUUUGAUGGACAAAUGCUUUCCUGGGAAAAAUAAACCAGGUGAAUUGGCCAAAUAUAUGGAAAAGGUGAAGCUACUCAGCUAUGAAGAGAAACCUGUUUAUCAGCAUUUCCGAGAAAUACUUUUGCAAGGUCUCAAGGGCAUUGGACAAAAGGAUGAUGGCGUGCUUGACUUUGGCUUGGCAGAGAAUGGAGACUUUCCAAGAAAUCCUGUGCAAAAGAAAAGAAGAAAGGCUGCAGCUAGUGAGAGCACUGAGGUGGAAAUGGGAGACACAGGAAGUCCAAAGAAAAAGAAAGUUGCUAUUUCUAAUGCAGUUGCUGCCAGAACUCAGAAGAUGACCUCACCAAAACCCAAGAAAAGCACAGCAACCAGAAAGAGAGUCCAGAAGUAAAUAAUAUAUGGAGCAACCAAUUAAGUUGCUCUGUGGCUCAUUUCUGGUUUGGUUGUGGUUUUUUUGUUGGUUUUUUUGGGGGUUUGUUUUUUUCUUUUUCUGUGGGUUUUUUUUUGUAGCACUGGAAUCUUUUUCUUUUCUUUCUAAAUGAUGAAUCCUAUAAAAACAUGGACUGCUGUUUGUACCUGUUUUUGAAGAAUAAAUGUUUUAUUGAGACAUUUGCAUAAUUUAUGUAUACUUAAGUACUAAUGCAAAAUUUUGCCAACUUCUGAAGUGGGGAUGCAUUUUUAUUCUUUAUAUACAUGAAUUCACGUCUUAAAGGCAAACUAAAAGAGAGUGCUUUUUUCCUGCUUCAUAAUGUAGAGAUAAAGCCUUAUUUAAUAGUUUCAUUAUGAAUACUGUAUAAGAAACAGCAGUGUUGCAUCUGAUUUCUCACAGUUUUGAGUAAAGUCAUAUUGGUGGUCACUUAAAUACACACUGAGAUGAAGUCUGAAAAAGCAGAAAUAGCUUUUAAAUAUGUUUCAAGUGUUUGAAUUAAAAACAGAACAUAAGGCAAAAAUCAUGUCCUUCCAUUCUGGUUAAUAUAAAAUGCACAUAAUCAAUUUUUUGGAAGACAGGUACUAAAUUUUAGCCAUUUUUUGCAUAGU